CUCCCUCUCCUCUCCUGCUAUAGAGGGCUCCAACAGCAGUUCCCAGCCAGUGUGUUCAGCCUGCCUGCCUGCCCGCCUCUGUGUGUGUGUGUGCGUGUGUGAGUGUGUGUGUGUGUGUGAGCGUGUGCGUGCGUCUACUUUGUACUGUGAGGAACACAGCCCAUGUGCUCUGCAUGGACGUUACUGAUACUCUGUUUAGCUUGAUUUUCGACAAGCAGGCAAGAUGUCCAGCACACCACAUGACCCCUUCUAUUCUUCUCCUUUCGGCCCAUUUUAUAGGAGACAUACACCCUACAUGGUGCAGCCAGAGUACCGAAUCUAUGAGAUGAACAAGAGACUGCAGUCUCGCACAGAGGAUAGUGACAACCUUUGGUGGGACGCAUUUGCCACCGAGUUUUUUGAAGACGAUGCCACAUUAACCCUUUCAUUUUGUUUGGAAGAUGGACCAAAGCGAUACACUAUCGGCAGGACCCUUAUCCCUCGUUAUUUUAGCACUGUGUUUGAAGGAGGGGUGACUGACCUGUAUUACAUCCUCAAACACUCUAAAGAGUCAUACCACAACUCAUCCAUCACAGUGGACUGCGACCAGUGUGCUAUGGUCACCCAGCAUGGGAAGCCCAUGUUUACCAAGGUAUGUACAGAAGGCAGACUGAUCUUGGAGUUUACCUUUGAUGAUCUCAUGAGAAUAAAAACAUGGCACUUUACCAUUAGACAAUACAGAGAAUUAGUCCCAAGGAGCAUUCUAGCCAUGCAUGCACAAGAUCCUCAGGUCCUGGAUCAGCUGUCCAAAAACAUCACCAGGAUGGGACUAACAAAUUUCACCCUCAACUACCUCAGGUUGUGUGUAAUACUGGAGCCAAUGCAGGAACUGAUGUCGAGACAUAAAACUUACAACCUCAGUCCACGAGACUGCCUGAAGACCUGCUUGUUUCAGAAGUGGCAGCGGAUGGUGGCACCGCCAGCAGAACCCACAAGGCAGCCGACAACCAAACGGAGAAAAAGGAAAAACUCUACCAGCAGCACUUCCAACAGCAGCGCCGGAAACAACGCCAACAGCACCGGCAGCAAGAAGAAGACGCCGGCCGCCAACCUGAGUCUGUCCAGUCAGGUACCUGAUGUGAUGGUGGUAGGAGAGCCAACUCUGAUGGGAGGUGAGUUUGGGGACGAGGACGAAAGGCUAAUCACUAGAUUAGAAAACACGCAGUAUGACGCGGCCAACGGCGUGGACGACGAGGAAGACUUCAACAGCCCCCCCGCCCUGGGGAACAGCAGCCCUUGGAGCAGUAAACCCCCCGCCGCUCAGGAGACCAAAUCAGAAAGCGCCCCGCCCCAGGCUCCCCAGUGAGACUGACCCCACCCGCCCCCGCGGGCGUGGGCCCUGGGGUGCACCCGGGCCUGCAGAUGCCUGCUUACAGGAGAGGAAGGAGGCGAAAUGAAAACUUUUCCACGCAAAAACCUGUUUCUGAACCACAAUGACCUGAGUUUUGAGUUUCUUUUCUUUCUUUCUUUCUUUCUUUUCCUUUUUUUUUUUUUUGUUUUUUUGUUUUUUUGGGUUUUUUUGUUUUUGUUUUUUGUUUUUUUUUUUGGUCUUUUUUGAAUGGAGAGGAUUAUUCCAAUAAACUUCCAUGACCCUUCCCUGGAGGCCUUCACAGGUAACGCAGAGACUGGCACUGAUCGUAAUUAAAUCAAGAGGGCAGGCUCGCGCUUCUCCUGGCUCGGUGUUUAACCACAUGUUUGUUAACGACCCCCCCUCCCCCCCUCCCCCACCCCCACCCCCACCCCCACCCAACGGAAGGCCAUAUUGUCAAUACGCCCUCAGUGCUCAGGGCCUCAUUAUAUGCCGACCCUAACUACAGAUGACUUUUUAAUAUUGUAAAAUCUUUUCUGCUUUUUGACUUGCAUCUGAGAGUUUCUUGUUUCAGUAAAAAAAGAAAAGAAAAAAAAUCAGCUUUUGGACAGUAAUUUAAGUGUAUUCCUUAUUAUUAUUAUUAUUAUUAUUAUUAAUUUUCCUUCAUCUUUUCUUUCAUUGGGUAACAGCUAAGAGGGCCUAGCAGGGUAGUUGAUGGGGGAGCUAAGAUCAAUCGGUUCUCCAACCCGAGUUGGUUCGGUUGAGCCCAAGUGCUGAAACAAGAAAUGUCUUUUUUGUCAUCGAAGACACCAAGGCGCAUUUUUAUGUAAAGAAAGACACCUGGCCCGUUGAGAACUUAGGCGUUUGUAAACUUGCUGUUGAUCCAAAUCCUUUCAAGCCAUGUAAUCCAUUAAUUUUGUGGGCAGUUUAAUAAACCUGAAACUUUUUUGUGUUUUUUAUUG